GUACUACGCCACUGUUUGACGACGUGACGCCCUUUUUUUUCCUAAAGCAGUAAGCACCCGUAAGCGGUACAAUAAACACUUUUAACCUACAAAUAUGUUUUCAAAUUUAAAAUUUCCAAAAUGUUCUUUGAAUGGUAUAUCGCGCUGCAGAAAUUUUUCUACUGAUAAAUGGAAGAGCGUUGUUGGCUUAGAAGUACACGCACAAAUCCAAUCGACAAGCAAACUAUUUUCAGGAUCUCCAACUGAAUUUACAAAUCCAGUUAACAGAAACGUAUCCCUUUUUGACGCAGCCACACCGGGUACCCUACCAGUAUUAAAUAAACGUUGCGUCGAAGCCGCCGUGCUCACUGCACUUGCUUUAAAUUGUCGCGUUAAUCCCAUUUCAACAUUUGAUCGAAAGCAUUACUUCUACGCGGAUCUUCCGGCAGGAUACCAAAUAACACAACAGAGAUCGCCAAUCGCCUGCAAUGGUUUUAUUGAUUUCCACGUGUAUGCGCCCGGCGUGCAUAAACACUCAUACGCGGCAAGAUCGUGUAUUAAACAGAUUCAACUAGAACAAGAUAGUGGAAAAAGUCUUCACGAUGAAACGCGUAGUUUGGUCGAUUUAAAUCGAGCAGGUGUUCCACUCAUGGAAUUGGUUUUUGAACCUGAUUUAUGCAAUGGGGAAGAAGCUGCUGCGCUUGUAAAAGAAUUGGUGAAUGUAUUUGAGUGUUUGCAAACAUGCUCAUGUAAAAUGGAAGAGGGCGCUCUCCGUGUUGAUGCGAAUGUAUCUGUGCACAAAAAAGGACAGCCACUAGGUAUACGCACAGAAGUAAAAAAUAUUGGUUCAAUUCGUGCAGUUGCUGCGGCAAUUAACUAUGAAAUACAAAGACAAAUUGCACUGUUAGAGGUCGGCGAAAAUGUAGUGAAUGAGACCCGUUCUUGGAACUCUGAUAGUAGAGUAACCGUGUCCAUGAGAGACAAGGAAGAGAAGCAAGAUUAUCGGUAUAUGCCAGAACCGAACUUGCCCCCAUUAUAUAUUGCAAUGGGUCCCACCACUUGGGGUUGUGUCAAUGCGGAACACAUAAAAAAGCUAAUACCACAGCUACCUCAUGAGAUUCGAAAGCACCUCAAGGAGGAAUGUAAUCUAACCACGGAGCAAGCAAUCAUUUUAGUGAACGAGUUGAAACUUUUAAGGGCAUUUACUAGUAUUAGCUUGAAUAAGAAAUUGAAUGCGACACUUAUUGCAAAUUUAUUGAUCAACGACUUUCUAUCUUUGGUUAAUAAGGAAAAAAUGGACCUCGAUGGAAUCACAAUCAACCCAAGCUUCUUCGGAGACAUUGUCGAGCUGCUACAAAACGAAAUGGUUAGCCAUAAAAGUGUGCAAUUCUUGAUGGGGGAGAUGUUAAAGUCGACUUCAAAAACUGUGAAAGAGAUUGUAGCAUGCCACGAUUUACUUCAGAUAAAUGAUGAAAAUGAAAUUAGGCGAAUUUGUGAGGAAGUAAUUGAAGAUAAUCCGAAAAUGUUGCAGCAAUACCUAAAAGGCAAGAAGAAAGUGUUUAAAGCUUUGUUAGGUAUAAUCGCAUCCAAGCCAGAUAGUAAAGUAAAUAUGAAGAAAGCUACUGAAUUGUUACAAAAUGUUUUAGAUAAUUUAAAAAAAUAAAUAACACUUUUUUACUCACA